AUGGCCGACGUGGAGAUGAGUGAUGCGCCUGUCGCCAAAAAGGCCGAGGGCUCUAGCAGCAAGAGUGUUGAAGGCAAGAAGAAGUUUGAGGUCAAGAAGUGGAAUGCAGUAGCUCUAUGGGCUUGGGAUAUUGUUGUCGACAACUGUGCGAUUUGUCGAAACCACAUCAUGGAUCUCUGUAUUGAGUGCCAGGCCAACCAGGCUUCCGCUACCAGCGAAGAGUGCACCGUGGCUUGGGGUAUCUGCAAUCAUGCUUUCCAUUUCCAUUGUAUUUCGAGAUGGCUGAAGGCUCGAUCCGUCUGUCCUCUGGACAACCGCGACUGGGAGUUCCAGAAGUACGGACGAUAA